AUGGCACGUCAACCAACACAAGCCGCUAUGUUUAAGGACUUGUUGAAAGCUGUACAAGAUCUUGGUAGGCAGGAAACACAAGCGGCCCCUCAGAAUGUACAAACUAACUCCAACAUGACGAGCUCAGUUGUGGAGCAGUUUCGCCGUUAUAAGCCCCCUAGCUUUAACGGGAUGACUGGUCCUUUAGCAGUCGAAGAAUGGAUAAGGGGUUUGGAACGAAUCUUCAAGCAUCUCAGCUGCACUGAUGCCCAAAAGGUUUUAUGUACGGAGUUCAUGCUAGUGGAUGUGGCAGGCCACUGGUGGGAGUCCGCUUCACGCACUAGGACUGAGGCACAACAGAGAAACCUUACUUGGGCACGUUUUAAGGAGGAGGUGAUGGAAAAAUACUUCCCACAAGCCCUAAGAGACCGUAAGGAGUCGGAAUUCCUGCAACUGAAGUAA